UUUUUAUAUAUUUCCAAGUUAACAAGUGUAUAAUUCUUAACUUUUAUUUAUAAGUUUGAUUUAUUUGAUAAAAAUAUAUGUGAUCCACGUUGACAUAAUUGGGGACACUCGUUUUUAAAUUUUUUAUCUGCACUCCAACGACUUAAUCGUUCCCAAAAUGGGUUAUAUUGAAUUUUUUAAAACUACAAUAACAACAGUAUUUAAAAUAACAGUAAUCUAUAUAACUUGUAUAUUAAAAACAAUAAAACUGCUUCCAAUUUAUUUCAAAAGAAAAUUUACCAAAAAAGAAUUUGAUUCCAAAGAGAUUGUUGGAAUUUUUCAUCCUUACUGCAAUGCAGGAGGUGGCGGUGAAAGAGUUCUAUGGACAGUCGUCAAAGCUCUCCAAAAAGAGCAUCCUGAUGUACAUAUUGCGAUAUAUACUGGUGAUCUCGAAGUAGCGCCAGAAGAGAUGAUUAAUCGUGUGAAAAGAACAUUCAACAUAAAAAUAAAUCCCGUUGAAUUUAUUUAUCUGCACAAACGUAAUUACGUCGAAGCUGAGAUGUAUCCGCAAUUUACUCUCCUGGCACAAAGUAUCGGGUCAUAUUUACUUGGACUCGAGGCUCUUGAAGCACUUCAGCCAGAUAUUUUUAUAGACACCAUGGGAUACGCAUUUACUUAUCCUUUAUUUAAAUAUAUUGGGUGCUGUCGUGUUGGAUCCUAUACUCAUUACCCAACGAUAUCAACUGAUAUGCUGAGACACGUUUAUCGUCGAGUCAUUUCUCAUAAUAAUCGUAGAAUAAUUGCCAGCAAUCCUUUCUUUUCGAUUGCUAAAAUUAUUUACUACAGAUUAUUUGCCAUGCUUUAUGGUUUUAUGGGUCGACGCGCGGACGUCGUGAUGGUAAACUCGUCAUGGACAGAAGACCACAUUAAUGCGAUAUGGAAAUGUCCUUUGAAAACAUUUCGAGUGUAUCCCCCGUGUGACAUCGAGCGUCUUGUGGAGUUGCCACUUCUAGCAGACGACCAAAAAGGCGAUAUCGUGAGAAUAGUCUCGGUAGCACAGUUUCGACCUGAAAAAAAUCAUCCGCUGAUGCUGAGAAUAAUGUACGAGCUGAGGUCUAUUGUCAAAGAAGAAGUUUGGGAGAGAGUUCGUUUAAUACUCGUUGGUUCAUGUCGCCAUGAUGAGGACAAGAGACGUGUUAAGGAUAUGGAAGAUCUUUCUAAGCAUUUGGCAGUGGAUGAGAACGUUGAGUUUAAACUCAAUAUACCUUACGAUGAGUUGGUUGAUGAGCUUCAACUGGGUACCAUUGGAUUACAUACCAUGUGGAAUGAACACUUUGGUAUCAGUGUCGUCGAGGGCAUGGCUGCUGGACUUAUUAUGGUCGCUCACAAUUCCGGUGGUCCUCGAGCGGAUAUUAUUGAAACGCAACCAAGCAGUCAGACUGGAUUCUUAGCAACUGAUGCUGAAGAGUAUGCAGCCAUAAUUGCUAAUAUUAUCGAAAUGGAUCAAGACACUAAAGACAUUAUAAGAAAUGCCGCGAGGGCUUCAGUCAAUAGAUUUUCUGGUGAACAAUUUGAAAAUGAAUUUAUUCGGAUUAUAAAACCUCUGGUUAAAACAAAAUAA